AUGUCUUCACCAUCUGACGUUAAAGACAACGGCGAUUGGACGGUCAUUUACGAUGACCAGAAUGACGAUGACCCAAACGACAGGAAAGAAGAAAAGCCUUCUAGAAGGAGGCAGUCUCUCGCGCGGACGCUGUCAAUACCAAAGAGCAUGUGUAUCAUGUCUGACAACAAAACUGAGAUAUCCACGGUAGCCGAGCUGCUCUCCCCCAAGUUGAAAUUGCCUCAACUGGGCAUUGAUUCGGCGGAGAGAGUCUUUCCCGUUCGCUCGGUCGUCUCGAUUGAUUCCACACCUUCAUCUACCCUGCAGACACCUUCCCUGGAUAAGCUCGAAACACCGAUAUCACCUUUUUCGGACACACGGAGUGCAGGCCCUACCAAUGAACAAGCGGGCUCGCAGCACAAGAAUACGCCCGGGAAGAGUAUGAACCCGGAGGAUGGUGUAUCAAAGAGACCCGACUAUCUCAGUCGACUGCACAAAAAGAGUGAUGGUGGGAGCGAGAUUUCAUCGAUGCUCAAAGGACAAUCAUACACUAGCCAUAAUCCUGAAAUUUUGGCACAAUUAAAUAGCACAUUACAAAAUGGUGCCGAAGUCCUUGACUACCACAAAGCGACAAAGGGGAUAUACUACUCGCAUGAAGAUGAAGAGGACAUCUUCAUUCAGUCAUUCGGUGCACUCGUUGUGAUGACAGAGUCCGACGGUAACUUUGAAGUGCAGAUAGCGAGCGACAACUCGAAGGAAAUCAUUGGGCAUUCUCCUGAUAAACUCUUCGAGCUUCCAACAUUUUGUGAUAUAUUGCCAUCCUCGCAACGGAACAACUUUCUUGCUCAUGCUCAAUUCGUCUCGAGCGAUGACUACUCGGUCGAGCAUUCUGGCCCCGAGGUUUUCUGCCUUUCUCUGUUAUCAUCCAACGGAUAUACCCAGGGUACUUGGUGUACCAUGCAUACGAGCACAGUAUAUAAGAAUUAUGUCAUUUGCGAGCUUCAGCCCGACCCUCGAGGGACAGAGGAUCACCCCGAUUUGCAGAAUUCUGAUAACCGGGCCUUGGAUAUGACUUCUGGGGCAUUUUUCGAGGAUGGAAGCAUUCUGGGGAAACGCCCUGAUACCAGAAAUAGCAAAGUUCCAGACUCAUCUGAGCUUCUCAAUACCAUCCCUCGAAUUCUCCAGCGACUUGCAAAUGCCCAAACGCUUGAAGCGCUCAUUCAACAUACCAUCACCACUUUGCAAAAUCUUCUUGAAUUUGACAGAACGACCAUAUAUCAUUUUGAUAGUGAUCGCAACGGAAUCGUGCUCGCCGAUGCGGUUGAUACUCCGUCGGGGUUAACUUCGUACGAAGGCGUACAUUUCCCGGAAUCAACCUUCUCCGAAGGACUGAAGAAACUAUAUACACGCAAUACUGUAUGCUCCUCUUGCUCUGGAAGUCAGGGCACAUCAAGGCUUGUGUAUCGGGCGUCCACCAACAAAAUGGCCCUCGACAUGUCAAAGACCUAUCUCUCUGCAGCGCCGGCGCUCUCAACACCGCGCACCGACAAUCCCGUCCAGACCUGUUUGUCAAUUCAAAUCAAUGUUUUCGGCAAGCUGUGGGGUCUCAUAUUAUGUCAGUCCUACAACAGUAGCCAAAGCCUACAUCCGCUCAUCCAGAAAGUGUGUUGGUUUGUUACAGGGGCGAUUUCAAGUAAGAUUGAGCGUCUGUCCUACACCCUGCCCUUUCAAUUUCGAGAGCCGGAGGUUCCACUGGAUGAAGCGAGCAUACCUCAGGCUAUCCAAACUCCACCCGGUGACCUUCUCAGUCUGUUCGGGGCAGAUUACGCCGCAGCGUCGAUUAUGGGCGACGCCAAGAUCUUGGGGAAACCAGCCGACUCGCAGGAAGUUCUGGCAUUAUUCGAAUAUAUGAAAGCUAAAGAGAACGACACUGUGUUUUGGUCGGGAGAUAUCGCUGCCGAUUUCCAGGAUCUCAACUACUCACCUGGCUUCCAUCAUCUUUCUGGCUUGCUUUAUGUUCCUCUUUCAGUGGACGGUCGUGAUUUCAUCAUCUUCUUCCGGGCUGAUCUAGAAAGCCGUAACCUCGCGUCUGAUUCAGAAAGAUCGAGUCGCCAACACGAGUGGUCGUCAGCAGAGUUUGGAAAGGCGUCUGUUCUGUCUUUGCUAUAUCGCACUUUCACCGACAUAUGGCAAGAGAAGGAGGCUACACUGCAGAACAACCAGUUGAUGAGGCUUUUACUCGCUAAUUCUGCGCACGAGUUCAGAACACCUCUCAAUGCCAUCAUCAACUAUCUGGAGAUCGUUCUCGAUGGACCUCUGGAUCAAGAAGCGCGAGACCACAUAUCCAGAUCUCACUCUGCUUCCAAGUCCUUGGUAUACAUCAUCAAUGACCUUCUAGACCUCACAAAUGCCGAAAAUGGACAACGGUUGAUAAAGGACGAGGUAUUCGAUCUUUCAGAGACCCUCACCGAAGCAACAGAUAUAUUCUGGGAAGAAGCAAGGCAGAAGCAUGUUGACCUGCAGGUAGUCCAACACGCAGCCCUACCUCCCGUCCUCGGAGAUCAACGACGGGUACGCCAGGUGAUAACAAACUUGAUCAGCAAUGCUAUACAGCACACAUCCACGGGAGCAGUAACAAUUGAGUCUUGCAUCGUACCGGAGUUACUGGAGCUAGAUCAUAUCUGUGUUGAGGUGGCAAUACACGAUACUGGGUCCGGCAUGUCCCAAGAGACUGUCGAAACAUUAUUCUGCGAGCUGGAACAAGUCUCCAACAAGGGAUAUAUGCAUAGUCCUAAGUCAUACGAGCGCACCCCAAGUGACAAUGCGUUAGAGACUGAAAGUGUACUUGGUCUGGGCCUCGCACUUGUCGCGCGAAUCGUUCGCAAUAUGAACGGGCAGCUAAGCUUGAAGUCUAAAGAAGGCAAGGGAAGCUGCUUCAAGAUCAGGCUUGCAUUUCCUCUUCCGGGUGAAAAGAGUGGUCAAAAACAGAACGCAUGUGCUACGUCAAACAAACAUCUGCAGGAAGAUGAAAGAAAACAAGACACAAAGCAAGACACCACAUCCUCGAGUUGCGUAACAAGCCAGGAAGAACGGGGUAUUCCAUGUGAAUGUGGUCAAAGUCCAGAACUCGGAUCAGAGCGAUCCAUCGUGGACGUCGAUGUAAGCUUGAAAACUGGCGAAUCAAGAAACAUCUCCCUUUCUGGCCAACAGCUCCAACAGAGCAACCAGCCAGAUAAACCAACCACUUCCCUUCCAAAGCAAGAUCCUAGGCGACGAUCAGAAGCAUCCAAAUCCCCCAUGAAAGAAACCUUGUCGACCUCGCCACCCACAAAAUCCCAAACCAACCAGCCCCAAACCCCCCAACCAAGCGUCUCUCCCGCAAUGGACUGGAACCUCCACGUUCUCGUCGCGGAAGACGACCCAAUCAACAGCACGAUCGUCCAAAAGCGGCUCGAGAAAUUCGGGCACACAGUGCACAUGACAAACAAUGGCAAAGAAUGUGCAUCUGCCUACAAAGCGAAUCCCACUCAUUUCGAUGCAGUGCUGAUGGAUCUUCAAAUGCCUAUCGUCGAUGGCCUCGGUGCAACGCAGAUGAUACGCGAAUACGAGCAGCAAGAGCUGGCUAAUGAAAACACGCCUGCGCCUCGUAUUCCUAUUUUUGCUGUCUCGGCUUCCUUGCUCGAGGAGAAUCGGAAGAUGUAUAUGGAUUCGGGGUUUGACGGGUGGGUUAUGAAGCCCAUUGAUUUUCACAGGGUGGAUCGGUUGCUUGGGGGUGUUAGGCUUCAAUGGGUACGGGAGGAGGUCGUUUAUCAGCCUGGUGUAUGGGAGGCUGGAGGGUGGUUUGAAGCAUAG